AAUCACUGAGCCGCUCGAACAGCAUAUAAAUAGGCAAGACUAAAAUUUAAAGAUUCACUUCUAUAUUUGAGUGUAAGAGACCACCAUGCGGGUCGAUCUGCUGUUCUGGCUGUUCCUGGCAAUCACUGCGGCGGAGGCGGAGCCGGAAAAAAAAUGGAGAAAUAUUAUAUCCAUAAACGGAGACGUGAUCACGGCCAGACGCCAAGAUCCUGGCCGUGGCAGUUCCGGUCUCAACAUUCCCAAUGAUUAUGAGAAAUUUGGCAGCGGCAGACAAGCGCUUGGAGCUAGUUCAAGUGGCAAGUCAGGCACAGGACCUGGCUUUGGAUUUGGCUCUGGUUCAAGUCGGUUGGGCUCUGGCCCAAUCACAAGCUCUCUCAUUGGUGGUGGGAACUCUGGCUCCGGCUUUAGCCGCAGCAAAGUACCUGGAUCAGGUUCAGGUAGCCUGAUUGACUCAAGAGCCAGCUUUAGAUUUGGAUCUGGCAGUGGUUUUGGAAGUGGCUUUGGAAGUGGCUCUGGAAGUGGCUCUGGAAGUGGUUCUGGCAGUGGCUCUGGCAGUGGUUCUGGCAGUGGCUCUGGCAGUGGUUCUGGCAGUGGUUCUGGCAGCGGUUCUGGCAGUGGCUCUGGCAGUGGUAGCAGAAGUUCACCUGGAUCAAGUUUUGGCGCCGUAUUCGGCUCUGGAUCUGGUUUUGGACCUAGUUCCAGUUCUGGCUUCGGCUCCAGCUUGGGAUCUGGCAGAAAACCAAUUGGAUUCGGUACGAAUAGCGUGUUUAGCAGCUCGGGUGGCGUAUUUGGCUCCGACUCAGUCAGACAAGGCAAAAAAUUUGGUUCUGAUCGCCUUGGCUCCUCUAGUGGCUUAGCUAGCAGUUUGAGUUCUGCUGGUUUCGGUGGUACUGCAAGUGCUACAGCUAAAUACGACGGUAGCUAUGAUGGCCAAUAUAGAAUAAUCCGUCAAGAAACUGAUGUUCUCCCCGAUGGAUACCACUACCUUUAUGAGACUGAGAAUAAGAUCCUAGCUGAGGAAGCGGGGAGGAUAGAGAAAAUCAAUAAUGAAGACGAAGGUAUGAGAGCCAAAGGGUUCUUCCAAUAUGUCGGCCCUGAUGGCGUAACCUACAGAGUGGAUUAUAUUGCCGAUGAAAACGGCUUCCAGCCCACCGGUGCCCAUCUGCCAUAAUAAUGGAUUGAUCAGAUUUGGAAACGCAUAUAUUAUUUAAAAUGUGUGAUAAUGUUAUGUUGUAGUUUGAUCAAGGCUCAAAGUUCAGAGAGUACUUAACAAACAUUCUAGUCUUGUUUAACCAGUCCGAGUUUAUUUUCAUACGAUAUGUUUGAUAAUAUAAAUUGUUUUUAUAAUAAAGAAUUUUAUGUAAAUAAUUAAAGUUGAUCGUUAAACUAAACAAAUUUAACGAACGAUUGAUUAUAAGUUUCUAGGUUAUUUAUGCUAUUAACUAUUAUUUUUCCAUUAUGGCUGACUAGAAUAGAAUAAUUCUUUAUUGCAAAACUGUUACAUUUAGUGAUACUGCUGACGGAAUUCAUAAUAUAGAAUGUUUAUUUAUUUAUUUACAUCCCAUUUAUACAGUACAUAAAAUAAUUCCAUAGUAUAAAUUGUCUAAACAAAUUUAAAAUAGCAACCUUGUACGGGCAUUUUAAACAGUCCCUAUUUUUGAACGCUUGGGUGCGACGUGCCGAUUCAUUUCAACCUACAAACAAGAUCAGCUAAAGGUAUAAAUUAUAAAUUUAAGGUAUCAGUUUGACGUCACAGACGCUCUCGUCGCGUUUCAAAUAUUUGUGUUUCCCACAAGUUUUUCGCACUUCUAUGUCAUUACUUUCUUGCUCGAAAAGAAAUUUUAUUAACAAUUAUUGAUGGACGGAUACCUUAAAAGUAGUAGAGUUUAUAUAAAAAUAAAAAUGAGGCUUUUUUGAAUUACAUGUAUAUUCCCUAUUGUGAUCAUACAGUUUCGACACAGAGUUAACCAUUAAAAUUAUAUUAUUUAUCAAAUAAAUGCGUGUUUGAUUGUUUUUGUUUAUAAUAUCUAUUUCAACUCUAUUCUCUGUUUCCCAAAAAACCUGUGUGUUAAUAGUAAUAGUUUAUUUGCUAGGAACAUAGUUUGUUUCCAGAUGGAAAUUAAAUUAUAGAUCUGUUUGUCUUGCCUGAAGGGGCAUGCAACAUUCGUCAUAAUUAGUAUACAAUCAAUUCGUUUGAAUUUGUUACAAUGCAAUACAAAUUAUCAAUUCAUUAUACAAUGUUUGUAAUAUUUAUCAAUAAAAUCAACUUUAAAAAUAAAUAAAUACACCAGUCAUAAUAUACACAUUAAAAAAAAUGUAAUAUACAUUUAAUAAUAUCAAUAUAAUAGUAUAAAUUUCCUUCUAAUAUCCUAACAAUACCCUGAUUCACUAAACAUUGUACAAGGACUUAGCCUUUGUACUCACAGCCAGCCACGAUUGUCCAAACGAAAAUUUUAAAAAGUUUUUUACAGCUCCUGUUAAAAAUUGCAAAACUGAUUUCAGUCGGCUAUCAUGGGGAAGGGAAAUUGAAAAAGGGUGAGCGAGAGCCAUUAAUUGUUUCAAAUUGAGCAGCUCACAUUAUUAUAAUAGAACUUCACUUACAGGUUAGUUCGUUUUAUUAUUAAUUAUGCUCCGCUGCUCAAUUCUUGCAAUUGCAGAUGUUUAGACAACUAAAAUCCGAAUCGGUGAAUAAUUCUAUGAAAUAUGAAAAGAGAAACAAUUUAUAUUGUCUGUUGAAGCUCCAUAAUCAGGUGUUUAUAGACAUACUUAAAUAUAGUCAUGUAAAGAGGAGCUUGAUGGCGCGGGUGGUUAGUGCGUUCGGCUGCGAUCGUUGAAGUUAAGCAAACUUUCGUAGUGGUCGGUCAUUGGAUGGGUGACCAAAAAUAUUCUAUCCUCCGUACUUCAGAAGGCACGUUAAGCCGUUGGUCCCGGCUGCACGUAUUGGGCAGGCGUGGUGCGUCAUGGCCCAAUCUCCCUAUUCCAUCCAUGGGGAAGGCCUAUGCCCCAGUAGUGGGGACAUUAAUAGGCUGUUGAUGAUGAUGAUGAUUCAUGUAAAUAUUAUUUGGUUGAAUUGUUUUUACUUCAUGUGUUGGAUGCAAAUUUUGGAAUCUAGCUUAAUAAUUGAGAGAGUAUAUAAAUGAUAUUUUGUUUUCCAUAAACUAAAGGAGUCUUCAAGAUUAAAAAUGUUUCAUUAGUUUAUUAUUGUAAUUAUCUGAAUUUCAUUAUACAAUCAAACUACUAUAAUAUAUUUAAAUAUAACAUUUCUAGAGAUAUAUGAUCAAAAGGCGUAAAAUAGUAUCUUUAGGUAAUUAAUAAAAUUAAAUUAAAAUUAAAUAUCUAAGCAGCAAAAAGACCAAAAACUACUAUGACUGUAGUCAAUUACACUUUUAUAAAAUCUGGCACAUAGAGAUGAAAGUGCCUGCUUAUGUUCCAAUAGCUUUCCUAAAAUACACACACAAUGCAUUGAUUCCAAAACCUUCUUUUAGAAGUAAAAAAUCUUGCAAGGAGUUAUAUAUUAACAUUGUAGGUACUUAGAUAAAUAAUAAGUAGGUAUAUUAAAUAAAUUUUACUAGUUGAGUCCCCCUUUAUUCCUUUAGAUAUGUUUGACUAGUGUGGUUACCAAAUAUAUUUAAUUUAUCUAUGAACCUCACAUUAUAAAUUACAUAUCAGUUUAUUUUAUCAAUUGAGACAAUUCUAAACUAAGACUAAUAAUCAAUGAUUUGUUUGAAUAUCUCAGAUGUCCUACUAAAAUUACAAAAAUAAAGUAAUCAAACCAAGUCGGCAGCUUUCCAUGAUGAUUUAGAUGUUAUAACUAAAUCAGUUUUUAUUGGCUGAUGUGAUCAGAAGACUUUUAGGCCAUUUUUGAAGUUAUACUUCUUUAGCCGCGUUAUGAAAAAAUUAUGAGAGUGAAAUUUUCAUCACUGUAACACAAAAUUUUAACAUAAUGAAGUUAGCCGCGGGCGCGUUAUUUGUAAUAUUUUAUUUUCCAA